AUGGACCAAAUGCAGCGGCAUGCCAACCGCGGCCACGGCGGCGACGCGCCGGCGAGCGCCCACGCCCUACAGGCCGGUCCAGACAAGAACCGGCAGCAGGAGCAGCAGCCGCCUUCUUCGUUGAACCCGACGGCGGCGAGGCUCCUCCGCGAGGCCAUCGUCUCCCAGCCGGACGGCGAGAAGCAGGCGGCCGCGACGGGCUCCUCGGACAUCCUGGCCUUCGCGCGCUCCGUCGACCGGGUGGACUCGCCUCCUCGAGUAGCCCUUGAGCUUGCGCAGUCAGCUCACUAG